AAAUAAUCUGUUCCAACUCACCGCUGAGAGGGGAAAAGGAAGAAGAAAAUGUGAAAGGGAAGACUGAAAGAGAUGAUUUGAAGCUGCAGACACACCCUGGUGCGCUGCCUGCCUCACCACAUCUUAAUGGGCCACGAAUCCAGAUGUUUGGCGCAGCAACCCAGCCCCUCUGAACAUGAACCAGUACGCCAAUAAGAAGAGUGCAGCUGAGAGCAUGCUGGAUGUGGCUCUGCUGAUGGCCAACGCCUCCCAGCUGAAAGCCGUGCUGGAUCAGGGGUCAAACUUUCCCUUUUACGCGCCCACCGUCGCCCUCAUAAGCAUCUCCCUGUGUCUUCAGGUCACGGUUGGGAUUGUGCUUAUCUUUAUAGUUCGGUGGGACCUGAACGAUGAGCAGAAACACUGGCGCCUGAACCUGAUGGAAAGCGUGGCCACAGGCCUGGUUUUCAUCAUCGUGGUGGUGAACAUCUUCAUCGCAGCUUUCGGAGUCCAUCGGACGAACGGCAGCGACUGACACAAAGGUAUUCUCUCUAUUUUUUGCUAAUCACAUACAUUCUUUUCAUCCCCCUCUUUCACUGCUCCGCCCUCUAUUUAACCCGGCAUUUUGUCUCCCCGCUCACUGUGCAGGUUGCUCCUAAAGACAUCCAUGUCGUCAGCAGGUUUUUUUUUUUUUUUUUUUGGUCCACUUCUGACCCGACCACCGCAGUCAGCCCCCUCCCUGACCUACAAACACACUGACCUCUCCAGACCCCCACAGAAG